AAGACAUUGUCUCCUUUCAUCUCGUCGCUGUGGACGAUUUUACGUUCUUAAAAGAUGUUUAAAUGGUGAAGUGGAAAACACCGGAUCCAGAUAUUCUAAGUAAUAACCUGUCAUAAACCCAUGGAGAGGGAAAGGUAUAGCAGAGACAGAGCUCACAAGCCUAGGGAGCUUAGUGAAACAAGAUCCUCAUUUAGCCCUCAUCGUGUACCUGGUAAUUCCAAGGCUGAGAGAAGUCACAAAGAUUCUCACAGAGAAAAGGGUGAAUCAGAUGAGAAAAGAGGAGAUAGUGGGCAUGAUGACUACCAUAGAAGAACGACCAGUAGACAAGCCGAAUCUCUUGAGAGGAGACAUGCUGAUUACAAAAAUGAAGAGUGGCGUAUUAAAAGGAUAAGUAGUCAUGAAGACUCUCAUUGUAGCAAAAGUGAAAAUCACGAAAGAAGAAAAAGCCAUGAUCUUGCAAGUGGAAGAAGACGAAGUGAAAGUCAUGAAGAUGCUUAUGAAAAGAAAGGUGGGUAUUGUGAAUAUUUUCGUGGAAGAAAAAGUAGUGGAAAUCAUGAAGAUUUGGAUAGAAGAAAGAGUGAUGGAAGUCGUAGAAAAAAGAGCAGAAGUUGUGAAGAUGAUGAUGAAUUGCACACCAGGAAACGGAGGUCAGACAGAAGUAGAAGUAGCAGCUCUGAAUCAUCAGGACAAGGACCUUCACACAGGAAAAAGAGGUCACGGUCUACCUCCUCAGACACGGGUCAGUCAAGUUCCUCUAGCAGUAGUAGCCAGUCUUCAGAUGACGAAAGGAAGAGGAGGAGACAAAGACACAAACAUAAGAAAGGGAAGAAGAGUAAAGGGAAAAAGCACAAGCAGAAGAGUAAAGGUUCUGAACCUGUCCAGCUGUCUAAGUUUAUGAGUGAGAGAAAUCAGUCAGAGACUGGAAGGAGCGCAGUGUCCGGGAAGAAAAUCAAGCUGAAGUUGAAGAAAAGCAAGCAGGACAAGGAGAGAGAUAAAAACCGAGCGCAGAUACUAGACUUCCUCAACGCAGCAAUGUGAACACAACUACUUGAAGAGGAGAGUCUGUAUUGUCUUUGGAGAAAACCUGUGAUGUUGCCAAAAAUAUUCAGAAAACCACGCGCUUUUCCUGCACUAAAUUCUUGUAUAUCGAAUCAGAACCCCAAAGCUGGGUUUUAUCCAUGAAAAUUUCCCGAAUUUUGGAAAGAUAUGAAAUCUCCCUGUGCUGUAUACAGGAGGAUGUGAUGAUAUUUUUGAAUUUUUUUUAAUUGGCUAGUUUGAAUUGAUCCAGCGAUGAUUCGCGAAGCACUGAAGAGUCAUUUCCAGUGAUACUGUUCACUUUGUUUAUCAUCUAUUGGCCAAUAAAAUAUUUUGUACUCUC